UUGGAAACGACACCGUAUUGCUGUCUGCGCGAAUCCUCGAUUCCUCUCUUCCUAGAACCAUCUCUUCGAAGAAAGAAGCUUGAAACCUAAAAAUUUGUCAGUGACCUUUUGAUUUUUGAUUCUGAGGUGAGAGUUCGUGUUGGCUGUGAGGCUUAUGAUCGGUGCUUACUAACGCCUCUGUCUAACACAUUGACUCUGCUCAAAAUAUGACCCUCUAUGGUUCAUUGCAUUUGUCCCAUGGCGUUGGUCCUUGCAGAAACCAAGGGUACUAUAAGCCAGAAGAUAGUGCCAUGAGUACUAGGAUGGGUAUAUCAAAGAGUCCUCUCUCAUUAGGUGUUCCGUUGGGACAACAUGGCUUCAGGAAUAUUUUACUCUCGGAUUACCUUCGUAGGCCUAUUUCUUCAGUACCGUGCAGAGCCACUGCUUUUAGGUGUCAUUCUUUUUAUGCAGGAGUCAAGGUCAUUGAACCUCCAAUCAGAGCUGCCACUAUGGUGCUAACAAACUCACACAGGUUAAUACAACAACACCCUCUCGUGAAUAAGUUGGUGCCAGCUGUUGCUUUUCUUGUUUUCUCCCUGUGGGGUAUAGUGCCUCUUGUUCGCCAAGGAAGAAACCUAUUAAUCAAUAAGAAAAAUGAUAACGGAUGGAAAAAGAGUGGUACAUACCGUGUUAUGACCUCGUAUGUUCAACCCCUGUUGUUAUGGUUAGGAGCCUUAUUUGUCUGCAGGGCGUUAGAUCCUGUUGUUCUUCCAACUGAAGCUAGCAAAAUUGUAAAAGAUCGGCUUUUGAAUUUUGUGAGGUCAUUGUCAACAGUACUUGCAUUUGCCUAUUGCAUAUCGAGUCUUAUCCAACAAACACAGAAGCUCUUCUCUGAAACAAGUGACCCAAACGAUGCAAGAAAUAUGGGAUUUCAAUUUGCUGGGAAAGCAGUGUAUUCUGCUGUAUGGGUGGCUGCUGUUGCACUAUUCAUGGAGUUGCUGGGUUUCUCUACACACAAAUGGCUCACUGCUGGAGGUCUUGGGACAGUUUUGAUUACGCUUGCUGGCCGAGAGAUUUUGACAAACUUCCUUUCAAGUAUUAUGAUCCACGCAACCCGACCAUUUGUUAGGAACGAGCGGAUUCAGAUAAAGAUUGAAGGUUAUGAAGUUUCUGGUACUGUGGAGCAUGUUGGUUGGUGGUCACCAACGAUCGUAAGAGGUGACCACCGAGAGGCGAUCCACAUCCCAAACCAUAAGUUCACAGUCAAUGUCGUGAGAAACAUUACUCAGAAAACUCAUUGGCGUAUCAAGACUCACCUAGCAAUCAGUUACUUGGACGUUAACAAAAUAAAUAAUAUUGUAGCUGACAUGCGGAAAGUAUUGGCCAAGAACCCUCAAGUUGAGCAGCAGAAGCUGCAUAGAAGGAUAUUCUUGGAGGAUGUGGAUCCAGAAAAUCAAGCCCUUGUGAUACUUAUCUCUUGCUUUGUGAAGACGUCUCAUCGCGAAGAAUACUUAUCUGUAAAGGAAGCUAUAUUGUUGGACCUUCUUAGAGUCAUAAGCCAUCACCGAGCGCGCUUAGCUACACCGAUUCGUACAAUCCGAAAGAUGCACACAGCCGCUGACAUGGAAAACGCACCGUUUGGAGAGUCAAUGUACGGUCCUGGAGGUGUUGCUUCUAGGCGUUCUUCGGUGGUGAUCGAACCCUCUUACAAAAUAUAUGGAGAAGACAAAUCAAAAUCUCAAAGAAGCGCUUCAGACACCACCAACAAGGUACUUGAUGAAAGAGGAGUAAAGCCAGGAGCCAAACCGGUUUCUAAACCGGCUGGCACAGCAAAGGAUGAAGCAGAAGUGUCAGGAGGAGCUGAGAAACCAAAGACCAAGAGAAGUGGUAGCAAGACAAAGGCACCAAAGAAGGAUACAACAGAUGGUUCAACGUCAUCGGUGUCUAGAUCAGCUAUAGAAGAGAAUUUAGUACUGGGGGUUGCACUAGAGGGCUCAAAGAGAACACUUCCAAUAGAUGAAGAGGAGAUGCCUUUUUCUCCCAAGGAAGCAGAUACUAAAGAACUGACUGGUUCUACUCGGAGAUCUGGAAAGGGAACAUUGGUGGCUGAUAAGGAACAGAAAGAUGCCCAGUCUCAUACUGUUGCUUCAACUGAACUCUGAGAUUGAGACAAUUCUGGAGUAUUUUUCAAUAAAUAUUAGUAACAUGAUUAUAACGCUUAGUAUUUUUAACAAAAAAUAUAAAAAAAGGCCAGCUCAGUUUAA